AUGUACCGCCAGAUGGCAAUGAUAGCAGUGUCUCGACGUCUCUCAGAUGUAGCAUAUAUUGACGAAGCACACAGGAUAAUGCAAUUUGAGCGAGUCUUCAAACAUCUUGUAUUUGGCCUGCCCGGCUCUGUAUGCAUUUUUGGAAAGCGAACAGUUUGGUCUUAUACGGAAAUUGUUCGGCCUCCUUUAAUUAGUUUUGGACACAAUGCUAGACGUUUUGAUGAGCAGCUAUCCAUGCCCAUCUCUAGCGGCAAACUACCUGGCAACCGCACCGAGCCGGCUGUGGAGAGCCUGGAAUGCUCCGCAUUUUGCAAUGAUGAACUGGGCUGCCGGAAUCACUAUCCUCUGUCUCUACUGCUACUACUAUUCCUAUUCCUUACUCAUGCCCCUCUUCACAAGCUUCUAACUUCGGCUGUAGUUGUCCAAACGCCCCGCAAAACCUUUAUUCGUUCAAUCUGGUUUGUCACCGGUUUAGGGUUAUAUGGUCCUCCAGCUGAAAGGAGAUUAUCUGUGACCCUGUAUCGGCCUGACUCCAUCUGGUCAAUAUCCUCACCUAACCCAGAUCCCGCUGCCACGGGAAUGCCUAUCCCCUCUCCGAUUGCGGCAUCCUUGACAACCAAUCUCAACCGCAACCUAUCUCCCAAGCGAGCCUGUAGUUUCAACUGCGAGCAAAUUUUCCACAUGGCCCUAACCGCCUCCAGGACGAGUACAUUCUAA